UAACAUUUUAGAAGGCCACAAUGUUUAUCAGCUGGAGGAUGUUUGCAAUGAAUCAUCAGAGAAUAUUCAGUGUGCACAUUAAUACUAUGUGUUACUGUAAAAUAAAAGCCAUUUUAAAAAGAUCGAAGACUCGGGUGCCUCUUAGAAGAAACUACGGCUCCCUACCAGGUGUGGUAGGAAAUGAUGUGAAGUCCCUUUAUUCCAUCAUUAGCCCUCCCGUGGCUAAAAUUCGCAACAUUGGAAUUAUGGCUCAUAUUGAUGCAGGGAAAACUACCACCACAGAGCGAAUUUUAUACUAUUCCGGAUACACAAGAUCAUUGGGAGAUGUCGAUGAUGGAGACACAGUGACAGAUUUCAUGGCACAAGAGCGAGAGAGGGGCAUUACCAUCCAGUCAGCAGCUGUGACAUUUGACUGGAAAGGGUAUAGAGUCAAUUUGAUUGACACACCAGGUCACGUGGACUUUACCCUGGAGGUUGAGCGCUGCUUGAGAGUGUUGGAUGGAGCAGUGGCGGUGUUUGAUGCCUCCGCUGGUGUAGAGGCCCAGACUCUCACUGUGUGGAAGCAAGCUGACAAACACAAGAUACCCCGGAUCUGCUUUUUAAACAAGAUGGACAAAACUGGAGCAAGUUUUAACUAUGCAGUUGAAAGCAUCAGGGAGAAGUUAAAAGCAAAACCUCUGCUUCUACAGCUGCCAAUUGGUGAAGCCAAAACUUUCAAAGGAGUGGUAGAUGUAGUAAACAAAGAAAAACUUGUUUGGAAUCCUAACUCUGGUGAUGGAAAAGACUUUGAGAGAAAACCCCUCUUGGAAACAAGUGAUCCGGGAUUGCUGAAGGAGGCUAUUGAAGCAAGGAACUCCUUAAUUGAACAAGUUGCAGAUUUGGAUGAUGAAUUUGCUGACCUGGUUUUAGGAGAAUUUAGUGAAAAUUUUGAUUUGGUACCAGCUGAAAAGCUACAGACUGCAAUACACAGAGUAACAGUGGCUCGGGCUGCAGUGCCUGUGCUGUGUGGGAGUGCCUUGAAAAACAAGGGUGUUCAGCCCUUGCUGGAUGCCAUUACUAAGUACUUGCCAUCACCCGAAGAACGCGAGUAUGGGUUUCUGCAGUGGUAUAAGGGUGACUUGUGUGCAUUGGCAUUUAAAGUGCUGCACGACAAGCAACGAGGACCCCUGGUUUUUCUGCGUAUUUACUCGGGCACACUGACGCCCCAGUUGGCCAUCCAUAACAUUAAUAGAAACUGCACGGAGAGAAUGAGUCGUCUGCUUUUGCCAUUUGCUGACCAACACGUAGAAAUCCCUUCCUUGACUGCUGGUAACAUCGCUUUGACAGUUGGUCUUAAACAAACUGCCACUGGAGACACCAUUGUCUCUUCCAAGUCCAGCGCCUUAGCUGCAGCCCGUCGAGCAGGAAGAGGAGAAAAGAAACCCGGGAAAAAUGGUGAAGCAGAGAGUCUGCUGUUGGCUGGGGUGGAGAUUCCAGAUCCUGUUUUCUUUUGCACUAUAGAACCCCCAUCAAUGGCUAAGCAGCCAGAUUUGGAUCAUGCCUUGGAACGCCUUCAGCGUGAAGAUCCCAGUUUGAAAGUGAGGCUUGAUCCUGACUCUGGACAAACAGUCCUGUGUGGUAUGGGGGAGUUACAUAUUGAGAUUAUUCAUGACCGAAUCAAGAGGGAAUAUGGCCUAGAGACCUAUUUAGGACCUCUGCAGGUGGCAUACCGGGAAACCAUCUUAAACUCAGUUCGUGCCACAGACACCUUAGACAGGACUCUAGGAGACAAACGGCAUUUCGUGAGGGCAGAACUGGAAGCCGGGCCAGUGGGAGCGUCAUCUGGCAUGGCCGUGGUUGAGUAUGCUGACUGCGUCAGUGAAGACCUAGUGCAGGCCUCCCGCGAGGCCGUUGAGAGUGCAGUGCACAGUGCAUGCCUCCAGGGACCUUUACUUGGAUUCCCAGUUCAAGAUGUGGCAGUAACGUUACACUCAUUGACGAUUCACCCUGGUACCUCCCCAACUAUGCUUAACGCCUGUAUCUCAAGAUGUGUCCAGAAGGCCCUGAAGAAAGCUGACAAGCAGCUCCUAGAGCCGCUGAUGAGUCUUGAGGUUACAGUGACUGGAGACUACAUCAGCCCCGUCCUGGCUGAUUUGGCACAAAGAAGAGGAAACAUUCAGGAAAUUCAGACUCGCCAGGACAACAAAGUUGUUAUAGGAUUUGUUCCUUUAGCAGAGAUGAUGGGAUAUUCAACUGUGCUUCGAACGCUGACAUCAGGCUCGGCUACUUUUGCUUUAGAAUUUUCUACUUAUCAAGCCAUGAGUCCUCAAGACCAAAGUAAUCUGCUCAGCCAGAGAGGUGGUUUGAUCCAAGUGCUUUAGGUCCUGGGAAACAUGGGAAAAUGCCUGGAAAAGAGUGGACCGCUUCAUCCUCAGUAAGAGCACUGUUUUAUUCAUUGGCUGCUAAUCACUGCUUCGGUAGAUGGAAAGAACUUGAUGUAGAUAAUGGCAUUGGAGCUGCCAUUCUCAUUCUGUGUGGAAUGUGCUGUGCUAUAAAUGCCCCUCAACUAUGUGCCCUGUUGGAUCCCUUACUUCUGUUUCUGUAAUAAAGU